CACUGGAGAUUACUGUGGCUCAAAUAGGCCAGCCUCUUUUUCAAACAACAUUUCUAGAAACGAGUCCUUUAUUUUUUUCCAUUUUAGAUUUGGUUGAAACUUCAGAUAGUAAAGAUAGCAGACAGGAAAAGCGAAGAAAACACAAUUUUCAUUCUUCCGACUGAGUCAUUGAUGUACUGACAGGAAAUUUUUGAUGGAUUUCCACAGAAUUUAUUAUGGAUCAUGAGAAUAUUGGAAAUGAGAUCAUUGAUUUGAAUGUUGGAGGGAAAAGAUUGGGUUGAAACUUCAGAUAGUAAAGAUAGCAGACAGGGAAAGCGAAGAAAACACAAUUUUCAUUCUUCCGACUGAGUCAUUGAUGUACUGACAGGAAAUUUUUGCUGGAUUUCCACAGAAUUUAUUAUGGAUCAUGAGAAUACUGGAAAUGAGAUCAUUGAUUUGAAUGUUGGAGGGAAAAGAUUUUCAACAUCAAGACAAACUUUGACAUGGAUACCAGACUCAUUUUUCACCUGUCUUCUUAGUGGGAGAAUAGCUUCACAGAAAGAUGGAACUGGAGCUUUUUUCAUAGACAGAGAUCCUGAUGCAUUUGUACCCAUUCUUAACUUUCUACGGACUAAGGAGCUCAACCUAGGAGGUCUGGAUCCAGCUGUGGUAAAAAAUGAAGCCCAGUAUUAUGGCAUUAUGCAAAUUGUUCGAAGGCUUCAUUUGUGUGAUGGUCUGCGGAGCUCCCCUUGUGGAGACCUUCUGUUCCAUGCAUAUCUCAACCUCCCAGAUAUUCCGACUGGCCUAGGUCGUAUCAAUACCUCAAGAAGAAACUCUGCUACUUCUGUAUUGGCACCAUCUACAAACCUGAAUACUGCUGGUUUGAGGGCAGCUAUUUCAGAGCCAAAUUUAAAAUAUGACGGCUACGACCCUUACAAAGUCUUAAUGAUUGUCUGUCAUCACCAUUGGGUUGCUGUGGCCUAUGCUCAUUGUGUAUGCUGCCACAGGCUGCGCGAUACUCAUGGAUGGGAACACGUGUUCACAAGCCCAUACCUUGACUCUGCGAUUGAAAAGAUUGCCUUGAAUACAAAGAUGCCUGGCCCUCUCGGAGAUAAAAUGGUCGCUGCUGCAUCUGGAAGCAAGAUCUGGUUAUGGAAUUGUAGUCAAAGCAGUGGUGCAAAAAUUGGAGUUUUCGAUUUGACUGUUUCGUUCGACCACCUCUUUUUCAUUGGAAGUCAACUCGUUUCAUUAAGCAGUUCUGGAAAGAUCGGAGUCUGGCACUCUGUUACCCAAAACUGGCAGAUCCAGGAUGUAGUGGCCACAUCCAGUUACGAUGCUGCUGGAUCAUUUUUGUUACUCGGUGGCUCAAACGGGUCUAUCUACUACGUUGAUAUGGAGAAAUUCCCGUUAAGAAUGAAAGACAACGAUCUUCUGGUAACAGAGCUGUUCCGUGACCCAUGCGGCGACGCUAUCACGGCGCUUUCUGUGUAUCUAACACCAAGAACAUGUCUCAGUAGAAACUGGAUCGAGAUUGCGUACGGGACAAGUGCAGGAACGGUGCGUGUUAUUGUCCACCAUCCCGAGACGGUCAGCAGUGGGCCUCAGUUGUUUCAAACAUUCACUGUACACAGGAACAGUGUGAAGAAAGUGGCUCUCACAGAAAAGCACUUGGUUUCUGUUUGCUCAGAGUACAAUCACGUACGGACAUGGAGCGUCACGAGAUUUAGGGGGAUGAUAUCAACCCAGCCUGGUCCAACGCCUCUCAGCUCAUUCAACGUGGUUUCGUUGGAACAAGGCACAAAAACAUCGCCAUCAGUCAACAGCAGUAUCGGACCGUAUGGUGAGCGUGAUGAUCAACAGGUCUUUGUGCAAAAGGUUGUCCCUGAGACGGAGCAGGUCUUUGUGAGAUUAUCAUCGAAUGGGAAAAGGCUUUGCACCAUUGAAAGUGUUGAUGGUAGCUGUGUGACGUCAUUUUUUGUCCACGAGUGUGACAGCUCAACAAGAAUGGGCUCAAGACCUCGCCGGUUUCUUUUCACUGGUCAUCAAAACGGAUCUGUCCAGAUAUUUGACUUGACAACAGCAAUGGAAGGCAUCACCCAACACCCGGAUCGCUUCACAAAGAGUGGACCGAAUGAACAUGAAAUGUUGAAGCUAUUAGAGCAAUGUGAUCUUCGCGCCUCGAGAUCAGCAACGCCAUCAGCUGCCUCGCUAUCGCCAGGCUCUUCUAUGAUGUCAACUAUUUGCCACUUACCGCGAUAUGGAUUCAGUGACUUUUCUUUGACUGCAUCGAAUGGAGGCCAAUCUUUUGAGAAUAUGCUCGAUUCUGAUCACCAUGGUUAUCAUUAUCGUGGACAACUGCGAAGCAGCUCUGGUAGACGGACUGGCUCGCAGGGGAAUCGCCACAGUGUAGCCUCCGAACGAGGAUUCACCUCUUCAGGAGGACAUGAGCAUGCACGGGAACAGUUACUGUCUCCUGCCCUGGAAGAAAAGGGGCAAUUGGCAUCGUCGCCAAAAUAAGCGUGGAUCUGGUGGUUGGAAACAAGUAAUUGAGAAAUGCCGUGAGCCAGUACUCGCGAUAAGACCGAGUAUCGUCUCGAGUUGGAAUACCCAGAGAUGCGUCUCGAGGUAGAAUACAGCGUCUUUAAGAUUUGUUGCGUUAUCAUUAAUUUUCAAAUAAUAGUAGCCUUUUUUCAAUCAAACCCAUCAUUUUCUG